AUGGUUGAUGGGAAUGCUGCGCAGUGGGAUGCGUUUCGGUCACAAAAGCGGUCGGCCGUCUACACGCCACCGUUUGCACCAUGGAUGAUCACAGCCCUACAACUCGCCAAAUUCUCCAUUUUCGUCGCUCUUCACUCAAUCAUGUUAUUUGGAGCGGCUAUUUCAAAGGGAAUCAUCAUUUUCUUGGCGACCAACUUGAGUAAACCUUCGCACAGUCCAUUGGAGACAAAGUUUAGCAAGGAAUGCCCACGAGCAGUGAAUCGCGAUGAUAACCUACAUGCCGGUGUACACAUUUCACUUUUGUUGGUACACAUAGUUCCUGAUGUGGUUUCAAUAGUACAAUGCUUUUAUCGUUUAACUACAAUUGGAAGGGGUCAAGGUGGAAUUAAUAUCCCGGUGAUAUUUCUUGAGACGUGCCGUACCAUGGGUUUCUUAUUGAUGUUCUUCCAUGUUUUUCCGCAAUUGGACAUGCUGAGGGCGUUAUUAAUCACUUCGUGUCUACCGAUUAUCCCAAUUGCUCAAAAACUGCUUAUGGACGUGUCACGUACCAUGAAAGACGAGCAUUCGUUAAUGAAACGAUUUGGAAUGACUUUGGCCACUUUUCCCUCAUUUAUCGUCUUCCUUGUGUUGACGGCUGGAUGUUAUUUAUGGACCGUGCUCGAUACUCAAUUUGAUCGAUACAUUAUUUUGCCGUUGGCGAUAAUGCUUGCAUCACUUGGAUUUUGGGAAUCGUGGGUUGGAGUGGGCCAUGCGGGAACAUUCUUUCAUCAUCUUCAUCAGAUGAAGUAUGGUAUUCGAAAAAUGAACGCGCCUACUCGAUUGUUGACUUCGACUAUCCGCAUCUUUAUUACGCUAACGGUUUUUGUAGUGACUGCUGCUAAUGGGAAGGUGACGAUGAAAGGAAUGACCGGCGUGUUGUUCCAUUGGAGAUCCACCGAGAAACAUUGGCCUCUACUCAUAGUCGCGCUUUGUUUAUGUGUGCUUCAUAUCAUUUUACGGAUAUCUUCUCGCCUGCUAGCUGGAUUGGAGCUUCGUGUCUUGUCGGGCUUUCAUCCAAUCUUCCUCACCUCUCCACUUCUGCUUACGGCACUCGUGAUACAUUGUCAUAUUUCGCCAGACUGUUGGAUUGCUAGCAAAGUUGCAGCGGUCGGACUCACCUUCCGAUGCUCCCAGUGGAUUGCAGCUCCAAUACCUUUCAACGACAUUUACUUGGCUCUGAUGUGGUUGCUGAUCUCAAUGUACAAGGGAUAUCAGUUUGCGAGUCAGCCCAACUUUGAUAAACACGACGAAAUUAUUCGUGCAACUCCGGUGGUUAUGAAUCCUUUUUGCAUCGAACAAAGUCUUCUGGUGUUUGAGUUUGCAAUCAGUCGUGAUGAAUCGAAGUUACUGAAGCUCGAUUUCGACUCGAUACUUGAUGAACACAGUGGUAAACAAUCUAUGGGUUCCGAGGGGGAUCGGACUGCAAAUGUCUACAUCUGCGCAACAAUGUGGCACGAAACUGAGAACGAAAUGAAGCAAAUGUUCGGAAGCAUUUUGAAGUUGGACGAGGAGUGCGCUCAUUUAUCAACGAGAAAAACGCGUCACUUUGCAGGAAAUGCUAAUGAAACUCCUAAAUUCCGUCUUGAAGCACACAUCUUCUUUGACGACGCUUGGGAAGAUCAGCCUGAACUUGGACGCGCACCAAAUGAAUAUUUCCGCACUUUCUUUACUCUUUUGAAUUCGAUGAUUGAUGGCAAAGAGGAUGCAAGCAGCAAUGAUCCGACGAAAGUGCUUAUUGGAACGGCAUACGGUGGACGACUCGUUGUCCGAUUGCCAGCUGGAACUCUACUUUUUAUUCAUUUGAAGGAUAAGAAACUCAUUAGACACAAGAAACGCUGGAGUCAGGUUAUGUACAUGUAUUACUUGCUUGGACAUCGUAUCAUGGAGUCACAUAUGUCGAUCGAGGAUAAGCAACUGAUUGCGGAGAACACUUAUAUUUUGGCCAUUGAUGGAGAUUCCAAAUUUGAACCAGAGGCAUUCCUACGACUUCUAAACUUGAUGCAUAAUAAGUCGGAUAUUGGAUGUGCGUGUGGAAGAAUUCACCCGAUUGGAAGAGGAAUGAUGGUUUGGUACCAAAAGUUUGAAUAUUCAAUUGCGCAUUGGUUCCAGAAAGCCGCGGAACACGUUUUUGGUUGCGUUCUCUGUGCACCAGGAUGUUUCUCCCUGUUUCGUGCGGCUGCUUUGAUGGAUGAUAAUAUUAUGCACAAAUAUACUACAACCGCUGUGGAGCCAAGACACUUUGUCCAAUAUGAUCAAGGCGAGGAUCGUUGGCUUUCGACACUGCUGUUGAAACAAGGAUACCGUAUUGAAUAUGCGGCCGCAUCUGAUGCUGAGACCUACGCUCCAGAAGGUUUUGAGGAAUUCUUCAACCAAAGGAGGAGAUGGACACCAUCAUCUGUAGCCAAUACGAUUGAUCUUCUUGCGGAUUAUCGACGUGCUUGUGCGAACAACGCCUGCAUUUCAAGGAUUUAUAUUUUGUAUCAAUUUUGUGUGAUUGGCUUUUCGAUGUUGGGACCUGCAAUUAUAUUUUCCAUGCUUCUAUAUGCUCAGGUUGCGGCUUUUCACGUAAAUAUGGAUCGAAUUAUCGUCUACAACACGGUACCAGUUGGAUUCUUCAUAUUUACCUGCUUUGCGAUGGAGAGCAAUAUCCAACUGUUUGUGGCAAAAGUCCUUUCAAUUGGUUAUGCGUUCGUCAUGCUGGCAGUUGUUGUUGCCACUUGCAGCCAAAUUGUCUUGGAAACCAUGUUUUCUCCGACCUCGAUGUUCGUCGUUGGAAUGAUAUUCAUCUUCUUAUUUGCGGCUUGUCUGCAUCCACGAGAGUUCACGAACAUCAUUUAUGGAAUUAUUUUCUUCCUGAUGAUACCUGCAACUUAUGUGAUCCUUUCUUUUUAUUCGCUCAUCAAUUUGAACGUGAUCAACUGGGGAACACGAGAAGCUGUGGCUAAGGCGACUGGUCAGGAAACGAAAAAGGAAUCGAAACUUGAAACAAAGUUGAAAAAGGCCUGGAACGGUGCCACUGGAACUAUUCUUCGAAGGAAAGAGAAAGCCGGCGACAAGCGAAUAGAGGAACUUGAGCGGCAACUGGAAGAAGUCAAGAUUGCUGUUCAGAGGCCAAAUUCAUUCAAUGACUCUCAAAUUCGAGAAAACGAGUUAGCCGAGAAACCAUGGGAAGAUGAGGAAGUUUCAAGUGACGGAGAGCUUAGCGAUGGAUCGGAAAUGGUGGUACGCACAUCACAAAAAGAUCUAUGGAUGGACGCAGAAUAUUUACAAGUCUGUGAGAAAGGAAGGCUGAAGCCCAGUGAGCAACAGUUUUGGGAUCAGUUAAUAGACACUUAUUUGAAGCCCAUUCAAACAUCACCCGAGCAAAAUCUUGCCUAUGCUAAAGGUUUAAAGGAUUUACGGAACAAUGUGGCUUUCUCGCUGAUUCUGCUUAACGCGCUGAUGGUCUUGGCAAUUUACUUGACACAAAAUCACAAGGAUGUUCUCGCCUUUUCAUGGAUGCCUCAUGAGGAUUUUAAACAGUUCCGCUGGAAUUCUACAGCUCAAGAAUGGACCAAGCAAAAAGUGCCGUUAAAAGUGGAAAUGCUUGGACUUUCGAUUAUCUUUGCACUCUUUGGGAUAUUGUUAGUUCAAACAGUAGGUUUAAUCCUUCAUCGUUUGAACACAAUGGUCGGCGCGUUUCAAGAGAUCAAAGCUAUGGGCGACUUUGUGACUACUGCUGCAACGAAAAGAGAAGAUGACGAUCAAAUAUUGGAAGCGGCUCGUUCGCUUUUGGAUACAUCAUACUAUUGGCGCAGUCACGGAGGUUCCGGAUACACUCGGGAUAUCGGUGCUGAUCGAGAAGCGGUGUUACAUCGAUUGCAAAGAACUCGCUUAGCCACUGCUAUACGUAAUCAUGGAUUAAAC